AUGGCGGGGGCCCGGCGGCUGGAGCUGGCCGAGGCGUUGGCCCUGGGGCCCGGCUGGCGACACGCGUGCCAUGCGCUGCUCUACGCGCCCGACCCGGGGCUGCUCUUCGGCCGCAUCCCGCUGCGCUACGCCGUCCUGAUGCAGAUGCGCUUCGACGGGCGCCUGGGCUUCCCCGGCGGCUUCGUGGACGCGCAGGACGCCAGCCUGGAGGACGGGCUGAACCGCGAGCUGCGCGAGGAGCUGGGCGAGGCGGCGGCCGCCUUCCGCGUGGAGCGCGCCGACCACCGCAGCGCGCACGCCGGGCCCCGGCCGGGGGUCGUCGCCCACUUCUACGCCAAGCGCCUGGCGCCCGAGCAGCUGGCCGCGCUGGAGGCCGGGGCGCCGCGCGCCAAGGACCACGGGCUGGAGGUGCUGGGCCUUGUCCGAGUGCCGCUGUACACGCUCCGGGACGGCGUGGGGGGCUUGCCCGCCUUUCUGGAGAAUUCCUUCAUUGGGGCUGCUCGGGAGCAGCUGCUGGAAGCCCUGCAGGACCUGGGCUUGCUCGAGUCCGGAUCCAUCAAGGGCCUUAAGGUCUCAGCUCGCCACUAG